AUGGUGUCCCGAGUGUUCACACUGAUUGCUGCUGCCCAGUCUGCAGCAGGUAACAGGGCCGUGCUGCUGGGUUGUAACUCUCAUGGAACCACUCACACUGUCCCUCUGUCUGUGCUCCUGCCAUGUAGCCUCCUGUCAGCUGCUCACUAUCUUUGUCUCCUGCCAGUGGUCACUGUGAUCCUGAAGGCAUUGAUCUACGAUGAGAAGCGGGGUGCCUGCAGUGUGGGUGCCAAUGUGAGGGAUGCUGCCUGCUACGUGUGCUGGGCCUUUGCACGUGCCUACGAGCCGCAGGAGCUGAAACCCUUUGUGACCACCAUUUCCAGUGCAUUGGUCAUUGCUGCAGUGUUUGACCGAGAUGUGAAUUGCAGAAGAGCAGCCUCUGCUGCCUUCCAGGAGAAUGUGGGGAGACAGGGCACUUUCCCCCAUGGAAUCGAUAUUUUGACUGCAGCUGACUAUUUUGCUGUAGGUAACAUAUCCAACUGUUUCCUGGUUAUAAGUGUGUUUAUUGCCGGUUUCCCAGAGUAUACCCAAUCAAUGAUAGACCACCUGCUCACCAUGAAAAUUAACCACUGGGACGGGACCAUCCGAGAACUGUCGGCAAAGGCGCUGCACAACCUGGCCCCACGAGCGCCUGAAUACAGUGCCACUCAUGUGCUUCCAGCCCUGCUGCCCAUGACGCUGAGUCCGGAUCUGCACGUGCGGCAUGGGGCCAUUCUCUCCUGUGCAGAGAUUGUCCAUGCCCUGUACAAGCUGGCAGCUCAGAGGGACAGGCCCGUCACGGACUACCUGGAUGAGAAGGUGGUACAGAGCCUGAAGCAGAUUCACCAGCAGCUUCAUGAUCGUCAUCUCUACAGGGGCCUGGGAGGAGAGCUCAUGAGACAAGCAGUUUGCGUUUUAAUAGAGAACUUGUCACUUUCCAGAAUGCCCUUUAAAGGUGACGCUGUGAUCGAUGGCUGGCAGUGGCUGAUAAAUGAUACUCUGAGAAGUCUCCACCUCAUCUCAAGCCAUUCCAGACAACAGAUCAAGGACGCAGCUGUCUCUGCUCUGUCUGCUCUCUGCAAAGAAUACUAUAGGAAGUUGCCUGGAGAGGCAGGUCCUGCCAUUGAAGAGGAGCUGAUCCCGAGAUACCUUGCCGAGCUCCAGAGCCCAGAGGCGAUGACUCGCUGUGGCUUCUCAUCAGCCCUAGGCACCCUCCCAGACUUCCUUCUGAGGGGCCGCUUGCAGCAGGUCCUCACAGGUCUGAUAGCAGUCACCCGCAUUUCUCCCAAGGAUGUGAGCUUUGCUGAAGCUCGGAGGGACGGCAUGAGGGCGAUCUCCAGGAUUUGUCAGACUGUCGGUGUGAAAGAAGAUGGGACCCCAGAUGAAGCCAUGUGUAGAGAGAAUAUUUCUGAGGUUUAUGCUGCGCUGCUGGAUGGCAUGGAUGACUACACCACAGACAGCAGAGGGGACGUGGGGUCCUGUGUCCGUGAGGCCGCCAUGACCAGCCUGAUGGACCUGACACUUUUGUUGGCACAGACGCAGCCUACGUUGAUUGCAGCCCCUGUGUGUGAGCGCAUCAUGUGCUGUGUGGCUCAGCAAGCAAGCGAGAAGAUAGACCGGAUCCGCGCCCAUGCCGCCCAUGUGUUCCUGACCCUCCUGCACUUCGACAGCCCUCCCAUUCCCCAUGUGCCCCACCGGGGAGAGCUGGAAAAGCUGUUUCCCAGGUCCGACAUGGCCUCUGUGGACUGGAAGGCGGCUUCCCAGGCCUUCCCUCUCAUCACCCAGCUCCUGGGGCUGCCUACUUACCGCUACUAUGUCCUACUAGGGCUGGCUGUAUCUGUAGGUGGCUUGACCGCCUCAACGAUCAGGCAUUCCACGCAGAGCCUCUUUGAGUAUGUGAAGGGAAUUCAGAGUGAUCCGCAGGCCCUGGGGAACUUCAGUGAGACCCUUCUGCAGGUCUUUGAGGACAACCUCUUGAACGACAGGGUGUCCGUGUCAUUGCUGAAGAUGCUGAACCAGCUGCUGGCCAACGGGUGCUUCGACAUCUUCACCACUGAGGAGAACCACCACUUUUGUGUGAAGCUGCUUGAGCUUUGUAAGGAAGAAAUCAAGAAGUCAAAAGACAUCCAGAAACUUCUGUCAAGCAUCUCAGUGCUCUGUGGGAUGGUGCAGUUCUGCGGUGACGUGAGGAAGAAGGUCCUCCUGCAGCUAUUCCUCCUCCUCUGCCACUCGUUCCCAGUGAUCCGGAAGGCUGCAGCGAGCCAGGUGUACGAGAUGGUGCUCACUUAUAGUGACAUGGUGGAUGCAGACGUCCUGGAAGAAGUCAUGGCUGUGCUCAGUGACACAGCCUGGGAUGAGAAGCUGCCAGUUGUAAGAGAGCGGCGGAAUCGCUUGUGUGACCUUCUUGGAGUGCCCAGACCCCAGCUAGUUCCCAAGGUAAUCCCUGUCACUGCCCAGCACUGUGGGGACAAUGUGGUGCUGAUGCUGUCUACCUCUUGAGCUUUGGAGUCCAUAAUGUUCUAGGACCCGCAGUCCGGGUCAGCUUGUUACAGUCAGUGUGUCCACAUGGCCUGUCCCUCUCCUGUCACUGCCCACGUCUUCCCUGGUCCCAUUGGGCAUGCUGAUGUGGUGGCCUGGGCAAUCUCUGUGUCCUCAUGCUGCUGGUUGCCAGGUCUGCAGCUCUUGGAGGAUUCAUGUUGCCCCAGCUCCUCCCUCCUCUAGACUGACAGAUCCUUCCUUCCUUAUGUGGGAGGGAGGCCUGGCUCCUGUGCCCAUGUCCAUCCUCACCACCUUCCACUCUGAGUCCCGUUUUCCAGGUUGUCACUGGAGGGGUUGGGGUGUCCACAGUAUGCAGGCUCAGUGCUGUCAUUGGUGCCCUUCAGACCUCUUCCUGCGUUCUCUAUCUGUGGGGUCUGUCAUGUAUUCUGCACGGGGCAGACAUCUGCCGCAGGCUCCUUUCACCUUUGAACCAAGCACAUUCAAGCUGCUGCUUCCCCUUCUUUUACUGUCUCAGAUCUUUGCCUCCUCCCAGGUUACCUACGCAGGUGGUCUGAUGUUUCCUCAUAGAAAUUCAGAGUCCGCCUGGGACUGGUUGUUGUGGACGGGUUAGGCUGUGUUUCCGUGUCCCCUCUGCUCUGGGCCGAGCACGUCAUCACCACUGACCUGUCAGGUGGCCACAUGUGUGUGGCUCUUUGGAUUCUAUCUAUGUUUCCUGGAUCUUUCUGUCCCUCCAUAAGCCAGGCUCAGUGUGUCUGAUGGAGAUGGAGAAGGCAUGUUGAUGGUGCCUUCCUGUUUCCUUCUCUCCAAGAUUGUCUUGUUGGCCCUUCAGCUUUUCUUGAACUUUUAGAACCAGUGUGUCAGUUUGCACUCGCCUGCCAGGCUUGCCUGCCUUUGCUGUGUCCAGGUGGAGGGAACCCAGGCCUCCAACCCUGGCCAGGCUCAUUUGCCCCUUGCAGCUUCCUGGCCUUUGUCUCAGAGCAGAGCUGUUUCACCUCCUUGUGACUGCUCUUGGUUCAGCCUCUGAUGUUUUCCCUCUGCAUCUCAGUUUGGGAAGUUCCUGCCCCCCUCCAUGCUGGCUGAGUCGAGCUGUCCAAGGCCUUCCUCACCGAUAGGCACUGCCUUCGGAUUCCUGCCUCUGCUCUGUCCCAGCUUCUGUGCUCCCACUCACCUCAUUGCACCCCCUGGGCUGUUUUCAAUUUACAGCCUGCAUCUAGUCUGUCUGAUGCUUGUUCUGUCUGUCAGUAGUGCUGUUUCUUGGCACAUCCCGUAGUUUUCCUUGGGAGCCAGGUGUGAGCUAAGUGGUUUUGGCGAGAUGUCUCUGGAUGGAGCCGCUUUAUUGAUGUUCACUGUGGUGUUGGUCCCAGGGGCUUUCGGUUCCUUCCGCUCCAUUUUGUCUCUACUCUUGUCUUCCUGAAGGGCCCGAGUCCUGCAGCUCUCUGAGCCAGACCCCAGCUUCAUGCUGGAGCUGGUGAGGGCAAAAUAGUGUGGGGAGCAUUCUAUAACUGUUCAGUCAGCUUCUAUCCUCGAGCUGUGGCUGGUCUAUGUCCUUCCUGGUGCUCCUUUCAUUUCCCCUUCUGUUAACCUGUUGUACAGUUCUCCUGCCGUCUGUCUGUGGUUAUGUUGAAGAUGACCCUCUUUCUUAAUAAUCACAGUCUGCAGGAGUCAGGCAGUGGCUUGGUGCCACCUCUACCCCUUGGCCUUCCGGCUGGAGUUGGCUUCCUGUUGGGUCUGCUCCUCCCCUGACCUUCAGCACAACCCUGUGGGCACUUGACAUCUCUGAGGAAAUUCUCUCCUUUUCCUUGCCUCCCUUAUGUGCUGGACUGAGUCCCUAGGCCCGAGCCUCUCCCUCACUGGAGCAGUAGUGUCUAUAUAGGGCGUGGACACCAACCUAGAGGUUUCCAAGUAGCACCUCCAGGAGCAGUGACGAUGGGCUACCUGCUGUGGCGCAGUCUCACCUAUGUCCUUAUUUAGAGAGAGUGUGAACACAUCAGAUGUACAAAUUAAAUGUG